AUGACGCCGACGGUUCCCGCAGCCAGAGGUAAAGGCAAAGGCAAUGGCAAGGGUAAAGGUACUACCGCCGCGGGCUCGAAGAAAACUACACUGAAGAAAGCCAAGAAGGCCAACAAAAAAACCUGCGUGGUCGAACUCCGUUUGGUUGACGACGACGCCCCUAAAAUGGACGCCGCCGAGUCCAUGACCCUCCGUAGCAGGGCCUUGGGGCUUUUAAGUGGUUCGGUCAUUGUCAGUACCACCUUCCCAAUCGAGGGAACUUGCUAA